AUGAGUACCUUCAGGUACGGAGGCCCUCAUCAGAGGUGGAUUCACGUUGUCAAGCUACGUAUGGGCGGCGAGAGGACAGUUGGGAAUGCUAUUAAGAUCAUUCGAGAUACUGGUUUGGUGCCUUCUGGCUUUGAUAACUCAAAUGAGGGCGUGGUUGGCUGUAGAGAUUUUGUAUCGCAAUUGAUUUAUCAAUUGGAUAGGAACAGGUUUCUAAGGCUUCCGGCUGAUGCUAGCACCACUAUUUAUAACUCGUUCAACGAUCACUAUCAUAUGUAUGAUGACCCUGCUAUGGGUCAUGUUCCCACUCCUGUGGAGUAUGCUCUCUUUACAGAGUUAUACCAGCAUACGGCCAUCAACGGGAUCAAUUAUCACGAAACGCGUGAGUUGCCCAGCAGAUAUUUCCCCAGUUUCAUGGCAUUGAAUGCAAACGAGGUAUUGAUAGGCCGUUUCUUGGGCGGGCACUAG